GGCUACUAGCAGUGCAGGGAUAGCUUUGUGCCCCCUCUUUCCCUACCCAGUUGAUGCCUAAAAAGUUUUAGGAAACUGUACGAAUUUCAGCGUACCUGAGGGAAUUAAACUAUCUAACACAAACUGGAAAGCUACCGAAUAAUUAAUGUAUGCAAGGACAGCUGCAAGUAACCAACCAACCGAAGCAUUUAAAUGGUCGCGAUUUCAGAAGUAGAAUAGUUUGCUUAGAGGGUAACUUUACGGUCAAACCUCGUCCACUCGUACUGUUCUACUCGGUGUGUAAAGUUCUGAGGGACCGAAGAAGGCUGGUGAAAUGGCGGAAACCAAAAUAAUCUACCACAUAGACGAGGAGGAGACGCCGUAUCUGGUGAAGAUCCCUAUUCCUUCUGAAGACAUAACACUUUUGGAUUUCAAACAAGUUUUGAACAAGCCGAAUUAUAAAUUUUUCUUCAAAUCUAUGGAUCAGGAUUUCGGUGUGGUGAAGGAAGAGAUUUCGGAUGAUGCUGCCAAGCUACCUUGUUUCAAUGGGAGAGUUGUGUCAUGGCUGGUAUCCUCAGACAGUCCCCUUGCGGAGCCCCCUCUUCCCCCGGUGGAGGUCUGUACGGAGUCCUCUCCCCCCCCUCCCCCCCUGCCUCCCCUACCGGUGGAGAGGACAGGGGGCAUCGGAGACUCCAGACCCCCGUCGUUCCAUCCCAAUGUGGCGGGUAGUGUUGAGAACCUGGAUGAGCGUACUGAGACMGAGUCAGUGGUGUCAUUCAGAAGGGAGAAGCCCAGACGGAGGGAAAGCAUGGAGCAGCAUGGGCCGCGGWUGAAUGGACAGAGCCGUCGGGAGCGCCACCUGGCAGGCUACGAGAGUGCCUCCACCAUCAUGAGCAGCGAGCUGGACACCACCAGCUUCUGUGACUCGGACGAUGACACCAUGAGCAGGUUCAGCAGCACCACAGAACAGAGCACAGCCUCUAGGCUACUGAAGCGCCACCGCAGACGCCGGAAGCAGCGUCCCACCAGGCUGGARAGGGCGUCUUCGUUCAGCAGUGUGACAGACUCCACCAUGUCCCUUAACAUCAUCACUGUUACUCUCAACAUGGAUAAAUACAACUUCUUGGGCAUCAGUAUCGUGGGUCAGAGCAACGAGAGGGGCGACGGGGGUAUCUACAUCGGCUCCAUUAUGAAGGGAGGUGCUGUGGCUGCUGAUGGGCGGAUCGAACCAGGAGACAUGCUGCUGCAGGUGAACGACAUCAACUUUGAGAACAUGAGUAAUGACGAUGCUGUCCGUGUGCUGAGAGAGAUUGUACAUAAACCUGGACCUAUUAUCCUGACAGUAGCUAAAUGCUGGGACCCUUCACCCCAGGGCUACUUUACCCUCCCACGCAUGUACACCCCCAUUGUUCUUCCAGAUGAGCCGAUCCGGCCCAUAGACCCGGCUGUGUGGGUGAGCCAUUCUGUGGCCAUGACAGGGGCCUACCCUCCCUACCCCGGCAGCUCCUCUCUCAGCACCAUCACCUCCAACUCCUCGGUGACCGAGACAGAGCGUGAGUCCCUCUGCCUGUCUCUGGCCCACAAAGGGUUUGAUGACUUCAACCUGUCCCUGCACUCUGACAUGGCGUCGGUGGCUAAGGCCAUGGCCUCCCCAGAGUCUGGUCUGGAGGUCCGGGACAGGAUGUGGCUCAAGAUCACCAUCCCCAACGCCUUCCUUGGUUCUGAUGUGGUGGAGUGGCUCUACCAACACAUUGAGGGCUUCCAGGACCGUCGUGAAGCCAGGAAGUAUGCCAGUAACCUGCUGAAAGCUGGCUUCAUCCGCCACACRGUCAACAAGAUCACCUUCUCAGAGCAAUGCUACUACAUCUUCGGUGACUUCAGCGACUGUGAGAACUACAUGGCAAACCUCUCCCUGAAUGACAACGACGGUUCUAGUGGGGCCUCAGACCAGGACACCCUGGCCCCCCUGCCCCUCCCGGGGGCCACACCCUGGCCCCUGAUGCACACGUUCCCUUCCUACCAGUACACAUCCAACCCCUACUCCAGCCAGCCGCCCCCCUACCACGAGCUUUCCAGCUACAGCUACGCGCCAGGCAGCACGGGGAGCCAACAUAGCGAGGGGAGCCGGAGCAGUGGCUCCACCCGGAGCGAGGGAGAGAGACGGAGGGGAGGGAAAGGCGGAGGAGGGGUGGGCAGUACUAGCGGCCGGGAUGAGAAGUCACCGGUAGGCGGAGACGGAGGCAGGGACUCUCGCUCAGGAAGCGGCAGCGAAUCAGAGUAUUCUGUACGGAGCAGCCUGAGGAGGGGGGAACACGGAGGCUCGGCCACCCCCAGUGAACACAGCCACUAUAGCCACGUCAGCCAGCGCUCACACCACCGCGCACCCCCUCCACACCUCCAAUUCCCACAGGGCAUCCCCCUUUCAUACAACCCCAUGAUGCUUAUGAUGGUCCCCCAGCACCCCCAUCACCCUCACGUGCACCCACACACCCUCCAGGGCCUGGGGCAGACAGGGCCCUCGAUGCCGGGCCUGCCCCCUGGCACCAUCCCCGGGGGACCUCCAGGGGCACCCCCAACCCGUGACCUGGGCUCUGUGCCCCCAGAGCUCACCGCCUCGCGCCAGUCCUUCCACCUUGCCAUGGGAAAUCCCAGUGAGUUCUUUGUGGACGUCAUGUAGGAGUGGAGACACUACAGAGGGUUGAGUCCCAAAUGGCACCUAAUUCCCUACAUAGUGCACUACUUUUGACCUGAGUCCAAUGAGCCCUGGUCAAAAGUAGUGCCCCUCUGGGACUGACUCAGAGGCUGUAUAUGGGGAAGUUGGUGUCCAGAAUCAGAAGGAUGCACGCUGCAGCAUAAAGAAACUUUAGAGCGGUACCAGCAACAUUCACGAGUUGCCUUGAUUCAUUUGAAYUCUUGGAAAGCUUUAUGAGCCUAAACCCAGCCCAGACCAUUGUCUCUCUUUGUGAUGUCAUUGGUUAACCAWGGUUUUAUUAGGUGUCUCCUCAUCUGACUGGAAUCAGUUACCUCUAGAUGUUUACCUAUCUCUGCCUUAUCUUACAAGCUGGCAAACAUCUAGAGUAAGCAAAGAUGAGUAAUUCCUGUCAGCUCAGGAUUCACCUAAUAAAAACCUUAAAUUGAGCUUCAUCAAGGGUAAUAGGAAUACCUAUAUUUCUCUGUUGUUCAGACAGGAACAUAGGUCAUUAUUAUGUCAAUAUUUACAAUGUGAAAACGGAAUACAUUUCACUUCAAGUAAUUGUACAUAAUUCAAUGUGCCACGCAAUUACGACCACUGUUACAUAGCUGUGAUCAUGUUUCUAAACAUGUUUUCACUCAUAGUGAUAUGGAGCAUAGUACUACUAUAGCCUACUUAGGAGGUUAAUUGCUGUGGUGUUCUUGGAAUAUGGUACUAAAACACUACCAGCUGGAGAAGRAAAGUGUUGUAUACAUCAUGUAUCUGUUAAUUGAAAUGGAUGAAUUCAUGCAUGCAUUCACAUUUGAUCUACUGAUAACCAGCAGUAGGAAUGUUUUUUUAAUGAGAAGCUCUGUUGUCGGGUUUGUGUUUGCAUGCACUCACGCUCAGGUCCUGUAUUCACAAAGCAAGUAGGUAGGCUGAUCUAGGAUCAGGUGCCCCCGUCCAUAUAACCAUAUUCAUUAUGAUUUGACAGGACUCUGAUAUGAUUGAUUGAAUAAGGGCCCAGGUAUUGUGGAGGCCUCCUGUCCUCUGCAGUAACUGGUGAGCCCCCUGAUUCUGUUGUGAUUUGCGCCUUACUGGUCAGUCGGCUUGAUGCAGUGUGUGAAUUGGGCCGGUACACACAGGUACUGAUUACUGUACUGCUUUAGUACUGGCCAGUGUUAUAUUGGCUUAAAUAUAUGAGUACUGGCACCCAAAAUGACUACCAUACCAGCACCUAUUUCAGUUCACUUCAAACACUGGGUGGAUGACUGGGAGAUGGAAGCUGGUACAAACCGACAGACUGAAGUAUUUGCGAUAGCAGUUGGUGAGGGUCAAAGGAUGUAGCCUGGUUAAACCAGACUGAAUGCUAUGCUCUCGCCAUUGUUUUGAGUGCUGCAUUCAGUCUGGUUUAACCAGGCUACAAAGAAUUGAAAAAGAAGCAAAUACAAAAUAGUUGAUAUAGCUCUGAUCUCACACUCCAACCCACAUUUAGUUUUUUAACUGAGUGACAUACACAUUUUUAUGUAUACAUUUCUAUAAUUGUAUUAAAAGGUGCUUGAUGAAGAGAAUA